AAAGCCACAUCUAUCAAUUUGUUCUCUCUCUAUAAAAGCAUAGAAUAUAUCUAACCAACAAAGAAGGCUCCUCCUUGGCUCCUUCUCUACCAUGACUGACCCUAAUUUCUACUCCCAAAAACAACAAUGGCUCAAAUUCAACAACCCUAAUAUUCAUCAUUUUCCUUCUUCUAAUUACCCUCCUCCUAAUUUCCUUCACAACUACUUGUACUCAUCAACUAAUUAUCAAGUUUAUAAUUACCAAACUCCUCCUCCUCCUUCUCCUCCUCCUUUCAAAGAAGCCCUCCCACUUCUCAGCUUAUUAAGUCCAAUAAAACAUGAUGAUGGUGAUGAAGUACAAGAAGCUUGUUGCAGUUCUACACAUGAGGGUACUAUGGAUGUGAUAAAAAAAUCUAGAGAUCAUCAGCAUAAUUGUACUAAAGAUGACGAUGAAGACGAAGAAGAUGUUACUGUAGCACUUCAUAUAGGUCUACCAAACCCUAGUACUGCUGAUCUGGCUUCUAUUACUCAAAGCACUAAAGAUACUGAAGAAAUUACUGAUGACCUUCAUGAUCAUGAUGUUUCCAUCUCCAUGAAUAUGAUAAAUACAAGUAGCAGACUCAACAAGGGACAGUAUUGGAUUCCCACUCCUUCUCAGAUUCUUAUUGGUCCUACUCAAUUUUCUUGUCCUGUUUGCUUCAAGACCUUCAACAGAUACAAUAACAUGCAAAUGCAUAUGUGGGGGCAUGGGUCUCAAUACAGAAAAGGACCAGAAUCUCUAAGGGGAACUCAACCAACAGGGAUGCUAAGGCUUCCUUGCUAUUGCUGCACUCCAGGCUGCAGGAACAACAUUGAUCAUCCAAGAGCAAAGCCAUUGAAAGAUUUCAGAACACUUCAAACACAUUAUAAAAGGAAGCAUGGAAUUAAGCCCUUCAUGUGUAGAAAAUGUGGCAAGGCCUUUGCUGUUAGAGGAGAUUGGAGAACACAUGAGAAGAAUUGUGGCAAGCUUUGGUACUGUAUUUGUGGAUCUGAUUUUAAGCACAAGAGGUCCCUUAAAGAUCAUAUUAAGGCUUUUGGUCAAGGACAUGGAGCUUAUGGCAUUGAUACCUUUGAAGAGGAGGAAGACCCUGCAUCUGAAGUUGAACAAGACAAUAAUGACCUAUAAUUUCUAAUCACUUGCUAAUUAAUCAUGUGAAAAGUUGAUGGUUUUCUUGCAAUUAAUCAGACACUGUAUUUGAAAAAAGGAAAUGAAUGAUUAGGGCAGUAUUAUGUGAAGUGAGUUGUACGUAGUCACUCAUCUAGGCUAGCUAGUUUGUGCUAAUUAACCAAACAUUUAUUUAAUGCUUUGUUUAGUACCUGUAAAUGUUUUCCUUUUGCUUUCAAAUCAAGGUACGUUACGUAGUGAGAAGAUGAUUUAAUUUGAUCUUCCUUGUACUAUUUGCUCAAUGAUGGUGGUCAAUUUGUAUUCACCUUUUUGAGUACUAAUUGAUUGCUCGAAUUCUGAUGAGUAAGGACUUAAGUUUAUU